AAGAAAGAAAAAAAAAAAAAAAACAAUGACGAGCCCUGACUCGCAGACGGAGAAUCUGGACGAGACGUAUCGCCACACAAUGACCGUUCACGGACGCGAAUUCCAACAAUAUUCGAUUGAUAAUGAGAUAUCAUUCCAGCCAGUUGAUCGCGACGAAGCGAAGCGGCUCGAGCUCCAGAAUCACGUCUUCAACAUGAUCUUUGAUAAUCGGCUGAUCUUCCCGCGAGACUGUGAGCCUCAAAGAGUUCUUGAUUGCGGUCACGGCGCGGGGUCCUGGGCCAUUCAGGUGGCAGAAGAAUUUCCAGAAUGCGAGGUCAUCGGUGUUGAUAUAUCUCCUCAUAUGAUACCAGAUGACGAAGAUGACGAUUAUGAUGUGGCGGAAAACUUGGAGUUUCAGGUCGACGACUUGAACCGCCCCUUUACCUUUCCCCCUGGAUAUUUCGAUCUCGUCAAUUCGAGGAUGAUGGCAGCAGGUAUCGACGGAUCCCGAUGGUCGUCAUAUAUACAAGACAUCAAAAGAGUUUUGAAACCAGGCGGUUGGGUGCAGUUGGUUGAAAUUUACUUCAACGUCCAGUCGGAUAACGGUUCGCUCACGGAGAAGCACGCAUUGAGACAGUGGAGUACAAAGCUCAUGAGCUCAGUCGAAGGCGUCAAGGAUCUUCGUAUAGGCACUCGCCUGAGAGAUCUCCUGCUAGCAGCAGGGCUGAAGGAAGUUGAAUCCACAAUGAUACCUAUCCCCCUUUGCGAAUGGCCUAGCGAACCGAAAAUGCGAGACAUAGGCAAAGCCAACCGCAAGAUCACCCGACGCCUGCUCGCCGCAGUGGCACUCUAUCCAUUGACCCAACGCCUGCACAUGUCGCAUGACAAGUUCCAGCAGCUGAUCGACCAAGCACAAAAAGAAGCGGAAAACCCAAGCCUGAAAACAUAUUUCCCUUUGUACGUUGCUAUCGGACGAAAGCCGACAUAGAGGGUAUUAGGGAUGGAGUAGCGGUCAUAAAAAUGCAAGUUUAGAGCCACAGCAAAUCGGGAGUAUUGUUGGGCUGCAUUGAUGAUUCGGCACUGUUUGGAUAUUAGAAGACUAACUUCAACGCUGAAGUUAAAGAUAAGCUAGACAAUGCCCAGUCAAGGGAACCUCUUCACUCAUUCUUCAUCCGCAACCAGCUUUCAUCUGACUAGCGGGUAGAGCUCCAGUACAUUGUCACGCAUAUUCCCAGGGAAUCUCCCUCCCAUUGGUCGUCUUUCUCUCGACGCCUGUUGGGACACCAGUGAGGUUCCCUGACGUUGUCAUUCAGCGUGGUCGAGUCCUGCCGCCCACCAAGGCUGUCCCAAGUUAUAAACAGGCACAGAAUUGCCCGGGGGAUGAUUCCAGUGGUGCUGGAGGGAGCCAUGCAGACAGGGCAAGAAAACAUGCUCAUUGCAACUGACGAGAGUCAGUCGAAAAGCCGGCCAUUAGUACCAUUGCUGACGACCACCGAUGAGGGGAGUGACGGCCCAGCCAUCAUUAAGACCACCCCACCAAGAGGGAAGUGCCGGUGGUGAAUCGGGUGGCUCAAUUAGCUCAUCUCGGGAGAUGAAUCGCGGAUGUUGAACGAGUCAUGAAUU